AAUACACACUCCUAAAAGAGUACUCGCUAGGAAAUAAACAAUGAAUAAUUUAUUGAAAAUAUUAUGUAUUGUGUCUCUGAUUGGAUCAAUGGAGUCUGCAAGAAUAUUAGCAGUGUAUCCAGUGCCAUCUAUUAGUCACCAAGUGGUAUUUCGUCCAUUGAUGCACGAAUUAGCAAAACGUGGGCACGAAGUUGUAGUGAUAACAACAGAUCCUGCAUAUCCGAAAUCAUCACCCCAGAAUCUAACUGAAAUAGACGUCCAUGACUUGUCUUACAAAAUGUGGAACGAUUUUUUAGCUUCAGGGAAAGCACAAUCUCAUAUGACAGCAGAACAAUUAAAGAUAUUUAUGGAUGUCAUAUUAGACGUCUUCGAAGCACAAACGAAAUCUGAGGAGGUACAAAAACUUAUCAAUGAUAAGGAAAAAAGUUUUGAUUUAUUAUUUGUUGAAGCUUGUGUUAGACCAGCCUUGGCUUACGGAUAUCGAUACAAAGUGCCAAUGAUAGAAUUCAGUUCGUUUGGAGGUAUCGUAGGAACAUAUGACGAAACCGGGGCCUCCACGAAUUAUCUCUUAUAUCCUACACCGUUGCGUGAGAAAGUCUACAACCUGACUUUUUGGGAAAAACUUCAUGAUGGAUAUCAAGAACACACUAAUAACAAAAUAGCCGUAGAACAUGAAACAAUAGAAAAUAAAGUUGUGAGAAGCAUUUUUGGUCCAAAUACACCUAGCUUAAGUGAAUUGAAAAAAAAUGUGCAUUUAAUAUUUCUCAAUGUAAAUCCUAUAUGGGACUUCAAUAGACCCGUACCUCCUAACAUAAUAUACUUGGGUGGUAUCCAUCAAAAACCUGAUAAGGAGUUGCCAAAGGACAUCAAAACGUAUCUUGACUCGUCUAAAAAUGGAGUAAUAUACAUGAGUUUUGGAACGAAUGCUAGGCCGUCUCUGUUACCGGUCGAAACACUAAAUAUAUUCACAAAAGUAUUCUCUCAACUGCCCUAUGAUAUUCUAUGGAAAUGGGAUACAGAAGAAUUACCCAAUAGGUCAAAAAAUGUUAAAAUUUCGAAAUGGUUACCACAAUCAGACUUACUGAAGCAUCCAAAAGUGAAACUCUUUAUAACUCAAGGAGGUCUACAGUCUACCGAUGAAGCUUUGACGGCAGGAGUACCAUUAAUUGUAAUACCAAUUCUUGGAGAUCAAUGGUUUAACGCUGAACAAUAUGUAAAAUUCAAUAUUGGAAUACGCCUCAGUUUGGAAACAAUUAAUGAAGCUGACUUUAAAAAUGCUAUUGAAACAAUUAUACAGGACAAAACCUAUCGUGAAAACGUAGUCAAGCUGCGUAACAUAAUGCGCGAUCAGCCUCAGACGCCGCUGGAGCGUGCCGUGUGGUGGACGGAGUACGUGCUGCGGCACGGCGGAGCGACGCAUCUACGUGCCGCGGGCGCGCAUAUGCACUGGACAGAAUAUUAUGCUAUGGAUGUUGUAGUAUUUAUAUUUACUGUAGCACUAGUUAUUGUAGGAGGUGUUGCUAUAUUUGCGAUUCGAUAUGCAAUGUCACUAAAAGGUUUAAAAAUUAAAAUUAAGAAAAGUUAGAUAAUUAUAAUUAGCCCUAUUUGUGUUAUUUUAUGUUUAUAAAGCCAUGUCUUUACGUCACAUCUUUGUUAUUAGUGAAUAAGGUUUCAACAUCCUAUUAGACUUUCUGGUUUGAGGUGCCAAUUCUGUAAAAUUGCGUUAAAAGUAUCAACCCGGUAUCCGUGGAAUAUUUUUAUAAUUUAUUACUAUCAAGUUAACCAGAUAUUUUUUUUACUAUUGCUUAAUUAAUAGUUAGAUAACUUAACAGCAACAAUGUCCCACAAAUUGUGUGGUAUACUUUGUGUAACAGACUAAACGAUGUCUUUAUCAAAGUUGUAUGUAUGUAAAAAUUACAGGAGUGUAUACUGCGACUUAAUUUUAUAGUUUUGUGUAGUGCAAGGAUACAAAAAAUAUUUAUUGGAGUUAAUUAUUUUCGAUGUGUGAGUUUACCUCGUCCCAUUAAAAAAACGACACACAAUUUUUUUCGUGAAUUUGAUUGAUACUAGACCUUGUGUAAUUACUUUGAGAUAGGAAGAGACUUAAGUUAUUCAGAAAAAUCCUUUUCGUGAAUUUGAUUGAUACUAGACCUUGUCUAAUUACUUUGAGAUAGGAAGAGACUUAAGUUAUUCAGAAAAAUCCUCUUUGUGUGCUUUGCUAUAAUCCAAAAUUAGCGAACACAAUUUUAUUUAAUUGGUACCCUUUAUUAAUUUUUUUAUAAGUUUUAUGUAUUACUAUAACUGUAUUGUUUAUGUACAUAUUGUGUUUAAAAUUUUCAUUUGUAUAAAAAGUUUUAUCAAUAUAACUGUAUUGUUUAUGUGUUAGCAUAGCUCGCUCCAUCGACCGCUGAGUGACUUCUUAUGAGGCCUAUAGUUAGCGACCAAAUCUCGGAUCUGUCGGCCAUCACUAGCAACACAUACUGUUUGAAGACUUUCGUAUUUAUUCUUUCGACUAUAUUUCUUCUUCUUCUUCUUCUUCUUCUUUGAUAAGUAUUUCACUGUCUUCUGUUUUCAGUUGUCUUUGCAAACGCGGGUUGUUCAUGUCAAAUGAAUGAUAUGUCAUUAUCAAAUAUGCAUUCGACAUUAUUUAAUGUCCUAUUUUCAAAUCCUUAUUAAAACAAAAUUUAUGCAAUUAAUUGUAUGUCAAAGAGAUACAAUUUUUGUCUACUUGUAACAAUUAAUUUAACUGAUAGGCAAAUAUGGAUAUUUUUGAAAAUUGGCCUCCCGAAUUGUUAUUAUUUUCGGCCAAUUUUCAGCUCUGUAUCAUUCGUAUAAUUUGGGCCCGAGUUUAUAUGGUGACUGGGUUUCUUCUUUGAGAGUAUUCAAGUCUCAAAAAAUACAAUAUAUAUAUAUAUAUAUAUAUAUAUAUAUAUAUAUGUAUUAAUAUAUAUAUUAGAAUGUACGUAGAUGGUUUUUAUCGGACCUGAGUGAUGUUGUCAAUUGGAUUCGUCGGGUGUCCACGAAUAGCAAAAUCAAUUAGUAUAAAAUAAGCAUUAAUUUUUUAUGUCAGUGGUUUUUUUCAUAUCUUUAAUACCAUUGUUGUUGUGAGUAUGAAUACAUAGCAAUAAAUACGAGACACGAGUAAUACCUGACUUUAAUUCUAAUAACUUGUAUAUUCCAUACUUACAGCGGUUACAGGCGCAAAAAAUAUAGCUAAUGAUACUCACAGAUAAUGUGGCUUUCUAUUGCUAAAAUAAUUUACAAAAUCGUUUGAGUAGACUUAGA